UCACGUCUCCACCGACUUGUGUCCGCGCAGCUCCGACGAUGUUCCAGCACAGCAGCAGCAAGAAGUGCUUCACCAUCGAGUCUCUGGUCGGGAAGGAGGCGAGCGGCUCCGGGGACGAGCCCAUCCGGCCCACGGCGCUGCGCUUCCCGGAGUCCCUGCACCCUUCAGCCGCCGCCGCCGCCGCCGCCGCUGCCGCCGGGGUGUUCGGCUUCCAGGGCGGCAGCGGACGGACUCUGUUCUCUGCGGGGCCCGACAUGGUGCUGCAGGAGCCCGGGACGCACACGCAGGGCCCCGGCGGGCUGCCGCUGCACCCGCUGCAGAUCCCUCCGCAGAGCUUCUUCAGCCCGCAGCACCGGGACGCGCUGAGCUUCUACCCGUGGGUGCUGCGGAGCCGCUACCUGGGACACCGCUUCCAAGGGGAGGACAGCAGUCCGGAGAACCUGCUGCUUCACGGUCCGUUCUCCAGGAAACCCAAACGGAUCCGGACGGCGUUCUCGCCCUCCCAGCUGCUGCGACUGGAGCGGGCCUUCGAGAAGAACCACUACGUAGUCGGAGCCGAGAGGAAGCAGCUGGCCAGCGGGCUGUGUCUGACCGAGACGCAGGUGAAGGUUUGGUUCCAGAACCGCCGGACGAAGCACAAGCGCCAGAAGCUGGAGGAGGAGUCGCCCGAAGCCCAGCAGAAGAGGAAGGGCAGCCAACACGUGAGCCGCUGGAGGGCCGCGACGCAGCAGGCCGGCGGCGAGGACGUGGACGUCAUCAGUGAGGACUAAAUGCAGCGAGGACGCCGCCGUACAGCUGUCGCACACAAACACCACCGGAAACACACACACACACACACACACACACACACCACCAUGAAGUCAAAGCAGGAGUCUGCGCUGCGUUCAGACGUUCAAAACGAGCAACGCACAGAAAUCAGGGAACCAGGUGCAGUUGUUGCUUCAACAGUUCUGUUUGUCGUCGAGUCUUUUUUUUGACAUUCGCCAAAAAGUAAAGUUCUAGCGCAGUUUAAAGCGACUCACACAGUUUCAGUUCCAGGAAAACAAAAAGCCUUCCUCUAAACUCUGCUUAUUACACGAAACUAAGCAAACGAGCAGCUUCAGGUUGAUCAGGAAAACAUGCAUACAGUUGGACCCUGAACGCACCACGAGGUUAAAUCUCUUCCCUGGAGAGUGGACAUGUCCGUGAGCUUUACCUCCGAUUGGCAUCAGCUCAGAAACAUCUUAAAGCUCCUUGUGAUCAGCUGCUGCUGUCAGGUUCAUGAAAUCGACUUUAAAAAAAAUCCUUUAAAUGCGUAAUAAAGUAGAACAAAGACUGAAAUGUUUCAAUAAAAGCUGAUGUCGUCCCAGACGUUCACCUAGAAAGACGAAUCCCACCCUGAUUACUGAUCAUGUUCCACUGAAGCGCUAAAUGCAUGACUGUGAGUUUCUGGAGGUUUAGGAGUCGAACUCAGGACCUUUCAGAUCUCGACUUUGAGACACAACCUGGAGAAGCAGCAGAAAAGGUCGGCCGAUAAAAAUAACCGACAUGUUUAAAACUUCCUGCUAAAGUCACACACGAACACCAAAUCUGAGGCUUUAAUACUUUAGUUUUUUUGGAGGAAACUGACAUCAGAACCUGCAGAAAACCGACAACUGCAUCAUGAAACACAAACACAACACAAACACGACGCUCACAAACACCCGGAAGUCGACGGCUCACCUUUCCGAUGGACGUCCUGAACUGUCCUGAGAACUUUUUUUAAAAAACAGAAAGGACUGACGAGGAUUUGAUGCUUCCGGGAGGAAAACGUGUUGCCGACUGAACACUGGACGGCUGAUUUUGGUGCCAAACGAAGCUGAAACAGAGACGAUUAAAGUCGAGGAGCUGCAGGGACGAAGGCUCCCGACCGACCGACCGGCCGACCGACUGAUCGGACGGACGGGGAAACGGAAAAACCAGGUUGGUCCAGCAGGGAAGGAGUGAAACGACGCAGGAGGAACGUUUCACUGCAGGAUUAAAGAGAGAAAAAACAGCGUCUUUACAUGGCAGCCUUCUAGAAUCGACUCUGCCGACUUUCAGGGUUUCCAGCAGCUAAACAUUCGUCUUACAGGAGCUUCAUCUGACACUCUAGAAAAGAGUCUCUGAACCAUCUGCUGAAGAAAAACCAAACGCUGCAGGUUUUUAACCCGUUUCCGUUGGUAUGCUUUGUCAGCCAGAACGAGCAGGAAACGGGUGAAAAACCUUCGAUAAUUCUGGAAACACCUUCAGGAAAAUGUGAGAUUCCGUCUGAGGUUCUUCACGUCUCGGCUUCUUUUAGCUGAAAUCUGGAACAAACUCUGCAGACUGUCAGGGUUCCAGCAGCUAAAGAUUCAUCUCACAAUUAAAAGAUUACUUGACUUUCUUUACUAAACCCCUUUAACAGACUCUCAGAACCAUCUGCUGCAUGAAAUGAACGGUUUUUAUUCCGUUUUCGGUAGAACCUCCAUUUUUAUGCUUCGUCAACCAAAACGAACAUAAACGUGUUAAAAUCUUCUCCGUCUUUGAUAAUUCUAGAAACAACUUCAGGAGAUUCUAGUUAAAAUCUUCUUUUACUUGAACUCUGGAAUAAACUCUGCAGAUUUUAAGUGUUUCUAAACAGACAAACCUCAUUUUUGGAGGCUGUGUCGCCCAAAACGAGCAAGACAUUGGUUUCAAAUCUCUCUUCAUGCACCAGACGUGGUCGUUGGGUUUUUAUCCAGAUGGUUCAGGGAGUCGGUCUACGGUGAGAUGUUUUAACAUUUACCAGCUCAGCUUGACGGUUUAGGAUUACAAUUAAAGGUACAGAGAGUCUGGAACGUCUUUCUGACUCGUCUGAACAACAGUAAUUAGGAUCUGACCGUUACCAGUCCAAGAAACCUCGAGAAAACUUUGUGAUUAUUAUUCUUUUACCAACUUUAGAAAUGCAAAUUAGAGGGCCUAAACAUGCGCCAAAACUCACCAAAAUUGGCACGUACAUCAGGACUGGUGAAAAAUGU